AUGGAUGGUGUUUCAGGUAUCACUCAAUGUGCUAUAUUACUAAAUCAGUCAUUUGUAUAUACGUAUUCUACGGGUGAUCAAUCAGGUACUUAUUGGUAUCAUUCACAUUAUGCUAUUCAAUAUGGUGAUGGUCUUAAAGAUGCUUUAAUUAUAAAAGAUCAAAAUGAUCCAUGGAAAAUUUUUUAUCAAGAUGAAGAAGUUCUUCAAAUCACUGAUUGGUAUCAUACAUCUGCUCAUACACUUUUACGAUCGUAUUUAUAUCCUGGAACGUUAGAUCCAAUACCAGAUACAGCUCUUAUCAAUGGUAUUGGACAAUUUAAUUGUACUCUGAAUGAAACAUGUUCUUAUUAUCGUGCAUCUAUUCGAGCAGGUACAACAAAACGAUAUCGUAUUAUAAAUACAUCAGUCUAUGCCACAAUGACAUUAACAAUUGAUCAACAUCAAAUAAGAUUAAUAGAAGCAGAUGGAAUUUAUUUAGAUGGAAACAAAUAUAUACGAGCUCUUCGUUUAAGUCCUGGUCAACGAUAUUCGGUGUUAGUUACUGCAAAAGAAAAAUUUUCAUCAAGUUAUUGGAUACGUGCUACCAUUCGUCCAUUUGUUGAUUAUAAAACACAAUAUGAUUUAUCUAUUAAACCAAAUAUAAGAGCUAUUCUACAAUAUAUUAAUGAAACUGAUCAAAAUAUUCAAACAACUAUUCCAUCAAUCGAUUCAUUCAAUGAUGAUACAUUUAUUAUUAAUCAAUCAGUUAAUCAUGGAAAAAUAUUUAGUGAUCAAUUAGAACUAGUUCCAAUGAAUGAAACAAAAUAUCAUUUUCCUAGAAAUGGAGUUAAAAAAACAAUUUUCUUAAAUUCUCAAUAUAAAGGUGAAAAACCAGGUUAUUUUUAUUUGAAUAAUGAAACAUUUGUUCAUCCAACAAAUACAAGUUUAUUAUCAUUACUUUUGUUUAAUAAUUCAAAAGAAUUUCAUUUACCAUCAGCUUUUCAAGUUGAAGCUGAUGAAAUAAUUGAUAUUGUUAUUAAUAAUAUUGAUUUUGCUCCUGACCUAUUUCAUCUUCAUGGUUAUCAUGUAUGGAUAUUAGCGCAUGGUAAUAGUAAUGAUGGUUAUUUAAAUCAGUCGAAAUUAAAUACUAUUGCUUAUAAUGAAAUCAGUCCCAUCUAUCGAGAUACAUUUACAGUUAAUCCAUUUUCUUAUUUAGUUUUUCGUUUUAAAACAGAUAAUCCUGGUUCAUGGAUGAUGCAUUGCCAUAAUGAUUGGCAUGUACCACUUGGAAUGGCUGCUGUUCUGAUUGAAUGA